AGUCGGCAGCCGCGACGUCGAAUGGCGGGGCCGUUCGACCUGGCCAAGACUAGGCCAUUACGCAGGUCAUCUAGAACCGUCAGCAUCUGUACAUUCCUUGAGUGCAUAGCACUAAUAUCUGGUUUGUGUGACUUAAUCUUCCAGUCGACGAACAGUGUCGGCGACUCGGCGACUCUAACACACGUGUAGGAGUACACUAGUACUAGGUCUCACCACAGGAAAUGCAGUCUCAGCGUAUACACGCACUUCCUGUGCAACUACGGCUGCUGGUGCUAUCUUACCGCCCAAGUAUCGGCCGUGAUUCUGGGUUGACCGUCCGCCAUGCUUUCCAGCGAUCACAGCAUACUGCUCCUUCUAAUUUACAAUCUUUCAAAAGCAACAGAUCAUCCACACGUCUGUGGCACAAUUUUGCAUGGCUCAUUCCUGUAACUGGUGGUGUCGCACUUUACCUCUACCCUAGCCAACAGCUCCACCUACCUUCCAUCUUUUCCUCGCCGACCCUUAUUCCGUGCACAGAACACAACUUACCGGUACCAGCAAGAGACCAUAUAAUAGGAUCACCAGCGGAACCUCAUAUGCCUAUUUCUUCGCGGAUAUUAUCUCUGUUACGGGAACACUUCUGGGAACCUCUGUUGACGGCGCGGAGAUUCGUACAUCUCUUCUAUUUGUUCAUACCUGUUAUCAUUACCAUGCCUAUGCUUUUGGUGGGCAAGCCUGAGCGUAUAUAUAGGGGUGACAAGUGGGGUGCCGUUUGGUGGUAUGGAUUUCUUGUCAGGAGAAUGCAGACCGCUGGGCCAACGUUCAUCAAGCUUGCUCAAUGGGCGGCAUCGCGUGCUGACCUCUUCCCGUCAUUACUUUGCGAGAAAAUGGGCGCCUUGCACUCACGCGGCAAGCCUCAUUCUCUGAAGCAUACCAAGGAGGUUAUUGAAAGAGCUCUCGAACGGCCAUUCGAUGAGGUGUUCGAAGUCUUUGAUGAGAAUCCGAUAGGAGUCGGCGCCAUCGCACAGGUCUACCGUGCAACUCUAAAGCAUGACCUUAUACCUCCCUCUUACCUUGGCCCCAAACGGCAAACCAAAUCACCAGCAGGUUCACUUGCCCCCGUUAUCUUGCAAGACCCUCCACCUUCAGUACCUACUGCAUCUGUCGCCAUCAAAGUCCUGCAUCCUCGUGUCGCAAAGGACAUUGCACAUGACCUAUCCAUCAUGUCAUUCUUCGCGCGCGUCAUUACCCUUUUCCCUGGCAUGCAGUGGUUAUCCCUCCCAGAGGAGGUUAACAUCUUUGGCGAAAUGAUGCGUCAGCAACUCGACCUCAGAAUUGAGGCGGAGAACCUCCUGACAUUUGAGAACAACUUUGCUCCGAGAAAUGUACCUGUGUCCUUUCCCCGUCCUUUGAAGACGUUUUCGACUGCCGACUUACUUGUCGAGGAAUACGAGAAUGCUCUGCGCAUGGAAUACUUUCUGAAAAACGGAGGUGGGCCAUUUGAUGAUCAGCUGGCCACCGUCGGAUUGGAUGCUUUCUUGAACAUGCUACUGCUGGACAACUUCGUGCACUCUGAUCUGCACCCGGGCAACAUCAUGAUCAAAUUUACAAAGCCUCCGACCACCCGUGACCUCCUUAUGAGCUUGUACUCCUCAUUUUUCCCGCAAAAGGGCGCUCCUAAACCUCUCGUCGAGCGCCCGCUGGAAUCUGAUGAAAUAGUAGCUCGACUGCGCUCCCUCAGACAUUCCCCUGAGGAGUGGCAAAAGGAACUCAAGAUUUCAUCGGAGCAGGGUUAUAUCCCUGAAAUCGUCUUCAUCGAUGCUGGUCUCGUGACAACGCUUAUCGCGACAAACCGCAAGAACUUCCUGGAUCUUUUCAGGGCUGUUGCUGAGUUUGAUGGCUACCGAGCCGGUCAGUUGAUGGUCGAACGUUGCCGGACUCCCGAGCUUGCGAUCGACACUGAGACGUUUGCGCUGAAGAUGCAACACAUCGUUCUGAGCAUCAAGCGCAAAACGUUCUCACUUGGGCAGAUCAAGAUUUCAGACAUUUUGACCGAUGUUCUAACGGCUGUGCGGCAGCACCAUGUCAAGAUGGAGGCGGAUUUCAUCAAUACGGUUAUCUCAAUACUACUCUUGGAAGGCAUUGGGCGACAGCUGGAUCCCAGUUUAGAUCUUUUCAAGAGCGCGUUGCCGAUUCUGCGACAGCUAGGACGGCAGAUGACAACUCAAGAGUCGAUGACACAAUUACCCUCAGGAAACUUUGGAGCGCUAUUGAAGGUAUGGAUGUGGGUAGAGGCUCGGCAAAUGGCCUCUGUGGCAUUCCUUGACGUUGAUGACUUGGUCAAAUAUGACUGGCUUGUCCCGACUGUAUGACGUGGAGUCUACAAAAGAUAUUUCCGCGGACCCCUGUAGCAUAAUAGCAAUCAUAGGAAUAGACACAACUCACUCAGGCUCACAUAGAAUACACGAUCACUUCAAAUAUUACGAUCGUCAUGGCCGCAGCUGAUUUCGAGUCAGACCAAAGUUGAUAUCAUCUGUUCUUUGGGGAAGCAACAUCCAGCAGGACUCUACAAACUUUUGUAUGGGCUUCUUGUGGAACGGGUCGUUUUUCGUGAGCACCAUUGCCGAUUUUGAUCGUGAUC